GGGGGCGCAUUGUAAGUUCUUUCUUUCCGCAGCCUCAGCUUGUCUCUGUUGGUGAUUCAACAUUCCUUCUGUAUUGUUGCCAUGUGGUCUUGUUCCGGACAUGCUUUCACGCGUUCCUCACACCACGGUCAUGAUGAUAAUGAUGUCCACCUUCUUGUUGCGAGAUUUCACGAAGGCAACCACAACCUCUGCUCCCCCCUGCUGCUCUCUGAAAUGUAACUCCAUAGGGACAACUAGACAAACCAUGGAGAGAAACAGGCACGCUAACCCAUGGUAUGAUCCGCAGGGGCACCCCUCCAGUAGUAGUGUGCUUGCCACAGCCCACCCUCAACCCGAACAACAGCAUGAUGACGACGAUGACGACGAUGAUGCCUCCACCACCACCAAACCCCUUCAACAUGGCCGCCGCCGCCGCUGCCGCCGGCUCUGGCGCGCCAUUCCUCCUGGCCAAUCCGCCCAUGGUCGGCCCUUCGAUCCCUACGCCGCCGCCAGGAAUGGCAUCGUGGUGCCACCCCAAGGAAUCGCCCUUCUUCGCCGGCGCCCAGGGAUCGCUGCUCAACCCGCCGGCACACAUCACGCAGUGGCCCCAGUACCAGCACCAGCAGGGCACGGUGGCAACGAGGGUGAUUUGCUGCGCGCCGCCGCCGCCGCCGCCGUACUAUUACUACCGGUAUCAAUGACAAGAACGUACACCCCUUAGUUGUUACGGGCAAAAAAGAAAUGUACUAGUCUGGAAGGGAGAUUGACCGUGCCUAGACGGAGGGGGCCAGCAGGAAAGCUGACCCAGCGAGACAAAAGCGAGACAAAAGCGCGGAGAACACAGGCAGCACACAAACAGCAAGAGGGCAAAUGACAAGACGGGCUCCAUAGAGGGAUGUCAUGGGCAGGAAGGCUGGCAAUCCCACACACUCACACACACACACGCAGACACACCCCACACCCCCGCAUCAGUCUCUCUCUCGCUCUCUCCCUCGCUCUCGG